AUGUGGGAGGUAUGGGAGGAUAAAAAAAAGGAGCAGGAGCGAGUGGCCAAAUGUUCAGACUCUGGGCUCCCUGUGCAGCUCGUGGAAGGUUCUGGCAGGUGUUCUGGCCGCGUCGAGGUGUACUUCGAAGGCGUGUGGUGCACGGUGUGUGACGACCUUUGGGACGAGAAGGAAGCACAGGCAGUGUGCCGGCAGCUGGGCUGCGGGUCAGCCGUGUCCGCCCCCGGAGAGGCCCACUUCGGCCAGGGCUCCGGCCCCAUCCUUCUGGACGACGUGCAGUGUUCUGGGACCGAGGCCUACCUGGGACAGUGCUCCCACGCCGGCUGGUUCACCCACAACUGCGGGCAUGGGGAAGAUGCUGGUGUCACCUGCUCGGAAUAUGAACAUGAGACAUCAGGAGCUUUGGAUGCUGAGAUCCUAACACCAUUCCCUGGUGACUGGCCACAACUACAGCUAGUGAAUGGGUCAGGCAGAUGUUCUGGACGUGUGGAAGUUUUCUACCGUGGCCAGUGGGGCAGGGUUUGCGAUGACCACUGGGACAUGAACGAAGCUGAUGUGGUGUGCCGGCAGCUGAACUGUGGGCGUGCCCUCGCAGCCCCAGUUGAGGCCCACUUUGGUGACGGGGAGGGCAAGUUUCUGCUGGAUGAUGUGGAUUGCACAGGAAGAGAGAGUUUCCUGGGACAGUGUCCUCAUACCGACUGGUCUCUCCAUAACUGCGGUCCUGGAGAAGACGCCAGUGUCAUCUGCUCAGAGAAUGCACAGGAAUCACUGCCAAUGCCACAAGGUGAUGGAAAUUCAGCAACCACAUUAUCAGUUCUACCCAUUACCGUCUCAACUCAGCUGUCUCCCGUGACUGCGGCACGUUCAACAUCACCAGCACACUCAACUUCCACUGUCCCAGAAGACGUUAAUCACCCAACCACAUCAUCAGUUCUACCUGUGGUCGACGCCUUGUCUUCCAGCCGCAGAGCCAGUGCUCCUUGGCCCAGCCUAUCAGGUCAGCAGCCUUCCCCACAGGAUGCGCCAUUGCUCUCGAAGACCCCAGGGGGUCACCACAACCAGGGAGGGAGCCUGGGAGCUAGGAGAUAA